UAUACAGCUGUCAGUUGAGGGUAUGGCGCAGCAUCCCGAUGACGCCGUUAGGUUAGAUAUCCAAGUUGCGAUUGCCGACAGGUUGAAGGAGUAUUGUAGCAAUAACUCAGGGGCAACUAUUUGUCCCACCAGCAGGGAAUUCGCCAACGACGACAUUGUUGUCCAAAUUGAUCCAGACACAAGAGACGUUAGCUUCGUCGUAAAAGAUCCAGACAACCUUCAAGGAUCACCAAUUUCAUCCAUUGAUGUCCAAGAUGCGAUAAAUGGAGACUUCACAACCCAAUCACUCGGCCUUAACUUGAGAAUAACACGACUGUUGACUGAAAACGCAAUUCAUGUGGUGUUGAAGAAUUUCAAAGCAGAUGAGUGGCCAGCUCAAAACGCGCAGUUUCUACAAAAUAUGGCAGAUGCAAUCAAGAACUUUUGCGGAAGAGGAGAAUAUCAUCGCACAAUCUGUAAUAUUUCAGAGGCUGUCAGCAAUAAUUUUACCGCUGACCACAUUAAGAGACUCCCAAACACACCGACACAAAACGGAACCGAUUCCAUCCUGUCAUUUUACGCAAGUUUACCAGGAGGCAGUGGCGCGUUACCUGUGAGCGUCUUGGCAACGAUAUUUGUAACGGAACAAGACAACAUACUACCUACCAUCAAUAGCGAGCUCAAAGACCCUGGUACAAGUAUGCCAAGCAGCGAAACUCCAACUCUAACACCUGCACAAACAAACAACUUGGUGCCGAUAACAAUUUUCAACUUCAGUCCAAAGAAGUAUACAGCGUUGGUUGUGGUCGAUAUUAAAGUGACAGUUGCUGCCAGAAUGAACACAUUUUGUUUCAGUACAACAGGGGAUAUAUGCGGCCUCAAUUCAGGCGCUAGCCGAAGGAAGAAGAGAGCUGUUGGAAACCAAAAAUUCAGUGAAAAUGAUGUUCUACUCGAUUCCAACGUCACGGAGUCCGGGAGUAAUACGGUGGUAGGUGCAGUUGUCAACAAACCAGGAACUAAUACUCCAGUUCAAACCGAUGUUGUUGAAGAUGCUUUGCAUCAAACGUUGCAAGAAAAUGGUGAAUCAGAUAUUUCCAAUCUCACUCUUGGUGUUGUGAAUACGCCCACUGUAUCAGAAACUCAGCGAAACAACGCAAUCAAUGUUAGCUUAACUAAUACGAAUACAAAUCAGUGGACGCUGCAACAAGACAUUUCAUUCCGAAACAAUAUGUCGCAAGCAAUCAUCCAAUUUUGUAAUGAAAGUGAUGUGCGAUUGACUUUGUGCAACCUGACACGGGCUCAGGUGGCUCAGAUUGAUGUUCAGAAUGUGCAGAUAUUGCCUAAUUCCCCCACGCAAGAUGGCAGCAAUGCAGUGUUGUCAUUUUUUGUCGAUUUGCCGAGUGGAAAAACAAUGCCUUCCGAACUAUUAACAACUAUUUACAGUCUAUCGCCGAAUGUUAUAUCACAACCAACUACAGUUGCUUCAACGAGCCAAAAUGCCCAACUGUCAAAGAAUGAAACUGACAAUCUAGUUCAGCUGACAGUCGUGGAUGCGUCACAGCAUUCCACUGACGCCGUUAGAUUGGAUGUACAACUUACAAUUGCUAAUAGGUUGAACGAAAAUUGUCAGAACAAUUCUGCUGAUAUUUGUCCUAAAACGAGAAACUUUACCAAAGACGAUGUUCUUGUCCAGAUCGAUGAAACUGGAACAAUUAGCUUCGUCGUCAAAGACCCGGACAGUCCAGAAGGGGCACCACUUUCAUCUAGUGGCGUACAAGAAGUCAUAAAAGGAAAUUUUACAUCCGAUAUUCUCGGCCUAAAUAUGUCAGUAACAGCAGAGACUACAACGACAGUGCCGAAUGCAACGAUAUCACCGAAUGCAACGAUAUCACCGAAUGCAACGAUAUCACCGAAUGCAACCACAGAAACAGCAAAAACCAGUGAAAGUAAAGUGGAUUGGCCAUUAAUAUUAGGAUUGUCGAUUGGUGGAGUACUACUUUUUAUAUUUGUGAUCCUAUCAAUUAUUCUUGGUGUUGUGAAUAAUAGCUCGGGAAGAAGCAAAUUUAAAAGCUACGAAUUUGAUACGCCGCCAGACUCGAUUUACUCAGCACGUGGAUGGGAAUUUGAACGAAAUUCGCCAUACAGUGGCUCACCUUUCGCUAGCAUUGAUGCGAUACCUGGCUUUGAUGAAGAUGGUUUGCCUUCGGAGUGUCAAGCUCAACCAGUUGAUACUCGUGUCUAGCAAAAUCAAUAAACGGACACGUCACAAUUAAUAUACGAGUAAAUAUACACAUAUAACAGAGUUAUGUUGGGGUGGAGAAGCUAUAGAUGAUCAAAAAUUAGCUAUGCUCCUCUAAGAGUAUAAGCAACAAUCGCUUUCAUCGAAGAACAAUCGCCUGUAUUUAAAAAGUUCAAUCACAAGUGUGAAAUAGAAAUUUUGUUAUAUGCUGACCAAUGCGAAAGACUUUAAUUUCUUAAUCCAAGGAAAGAUUUACAGUAAAACGCUGAAACUCAAACUUUUUUUUGAGAAGAUUGCGAUCUUCAACUCGAUAAGUUUGAGUGCAUGUAAGUGAGCUUUUAGAAUAUAGGCGUAUAUAUCUGUGGAUGAACACCCAGCUCAGCGGUAUAAAGCAAUUUCUCAUCUCAAAAUCCUCGACUUAAAAGUUACCAUGAAAGAGAAAUUGGCAUUUGAAAAUUACAAACCAGCCACAUGAUAAUAUGAGCUAUAUGUCAUACAAAUUGUUUUGCUUAUGCUCUUAAAAACGUACCUAUUUUUAUCAUUAAAUUAUAGUAUAUCCAACUAAAAGUUGCAUGCACUCAAUUACAUUUAUACAGUAAAUUAGAUAUAUAGUAGGUCAAAUUCGAAAUUGUGUUACUGUUAGAAAUAAUUUUACUCAUCUAAAAUGAGUUUGUAAUUCUUUGAUAAAACAAUGUGCAUGACCAGCUAGUAUUUAUAUAAAAUUAUAUUUAUUCCAAUUAUAUUAAACAAUAUCAGAACGGAAAUACAACACACUAAUACAUUAAGAUCAAAUAUAUAUAUAAAUAUGACAUGCAUCGUAUAUAUGCUUCUCCAUUCUCCGUCUCCGACACUUUCACAAUUGCUAACUUUGUAAAAUUCAUGGACUUGCCGAAAAAGAGUGUUUCUGAACACAUCAAAAAUUUCGUUAUUGCUGCGGAGGGAGCGAGCCUGAAGCGAGCGAGCGUAGCAGCAGUCUAAUUGGCGUAGUAGGCAGUGAAAGGCAAAUUUUUAGGGUUGCGUUGCAUUGUGGUUGUGCGCAGUGACGCAGUUGUAUCAGGCCUGUUUGUAUGCGCAGUUGUGCACAAAUUAAUCUCACGUUUCAGUGACAUGGAUUAAAUACCAAU